CCCGUGGCCGAGUUCAUCGGUGAAUCCUACCCCACAGUUCUCGAGGCCAUCUUCUGGCCGCUCAUGCCCCUAUCCCGCGGCCACGUCCACAUCAACUCCUCAGACCCCUUUCAAAACCAGAUCAUCGUCCCGAGAUUCCUCACGGACGAAUUCGACCAGCAGGUUGCAGUGGCCAUCAGCAGACGCGCUGGUACCCUCUUCUCCUCCAAACCGUGGGCUGCAAUCGUCGCGGACGCCUACUAUGCCCCUGCAUUGGGGCCUAACAGCACGGAUGCAGAGUAUCUGGCCUGGUAUGAGUCCACCAGCUAUGGGGCGAGCCAUUGGGUUGGAAGCACUGCAAUGCUACCCAGGGAACUGGGUGGUGUCGUUGAUCCCGAGUUGCGGGUGUAUGGAACACAUAACCUUCGAGUGGUUGAUGCUGGGAUAUUUCCAAUUGAACUUACGUCACACACCAUGGCGUGCUUGUAUUCUGUGGCUCAAAAGGCUGCUUCCAUCAUUUUGAAAACUGCUUCUUAG